UGGAAGACAAAGCUGCGUGAAGGCAUGUUCUGUGAAGAAUGCAGGAUAGCGCCGGUCGCUGCUUCUUUGUCCCCUUGACCUGUGGUAGGGCUGACCGUUAGCGUGUGACGAAACCCGUGGACCACAACCGUCAAUGCCGGCGCAUAACGCCCGGCACCCUGCAGCUCUCUCACUUCUACCACAACACCUAUAGACACCAAUGCUUCAUGGCACGUUGCUCCUCUUGUUGAUGCACACCCCCGCUCCUUUCUAGUAUAUAUCCUUUCCCUUCGCAUUCAUUCCCUAUUCCCUGCGGCUCCCCACCAGCAAUCAGAGCCGCAGACGUCAGCAUUCAACGCCAACGUGUCUCGCCCAUCCUCUCGCUACGAGCUCGACGACGUGCCCACUAUGGGGCCACGAGACGGUUUGGACGACGAGGGAGCGCCUCCCCAAGUAUACCGCGACGACGAGAACGCCAGUGUCCACUCCGACGACUCUGCGGCCGCAGACGCAGUCCUCCUCGCCAAUUCCGAAGCUUCCGACGAAGAGUACUACGCCGCGCAGGAGCCCUACUAUGCGAGGAAGUACAUCCCGACAAGGUUGCAGCGUGCUUGGAGGGCGACGGCGACGUGGGUGAAGGGACCGCAGCCUGCGAGGCCGUGGAAGAUACACCCGUUCUUCCCUUGGAUACAGACCGCGCCGAUACAGUUCUUGAACAACUACUUUCCCCAGCGCAAGCACAAGGUUAUCCUGCUGGUAUUCUUCUAUUUUUGCUGGCUGCUCAGCUUCGGGCUGGUUUUACAUCGGUCGGCGUUUGCUGCUGACAUUCCGGGUUAUGGGUCGCCAGUGCGUAUAAGGUGUACCGACCGGUUCUGGCGCGAUGGAAAUGGUUGCGGUCUGAAUGGCGACCUUUGCCGGCCUUUCGAGAACAGCACCAUGCCUUUCCGCUGCCCGGCUAAUUGCAAGCGAGUGCAGGUUGUCAAUCCGCAUGCCGUUGGGGACCAAGAGGUCAACUAUCGACCACUUGUCAUCGGCGGCCCGACAGACGAGGACGAGACCCUUGAGAACAGCUACUACCGAGCCGAUUCUUUCAUCUGCGGUGCAGCGAUCCACGCGGGUUUCAUCAACGACCAGUCUGGCGGCUGCGGUGUCGUCUCCUUGAUCGGUGAGAAGAGCGACUAUUCCAGCGUCAACCGAAAACAUAUCACCAGUGUCGGUUUCGACUCGUACUUUCCCAAAUCUUUCUCCUUCCUGAGCGGCACUCAAUCGAAGUGCCGGGACCUGCGGUGGCCCCUUCUCGGUGUUUCGCUCACAUUUACGAUUUUACUGUCGCUUUUCACGACGUCGCCCGCCGUUUUCUUCCCAUCGAUAUUUCUAGGCAUCUUCUUCCACGUCGCUCUCGCGUCGGAUCCGCCAAACCUCACUGAUUACUACGCCAUUGUCAGCAUCGCUCUCGGACGCUUCCUACCGGCCAGUUUCUGUAUGUUUGCGGUGUACAAGUAUUGCGUUAGGAGGCAACUGCACGGCCUCCAUGCCCAGAUUGAAAAGACGGUUCUUUGGCUAGGUGGCUGCUGGAUUGGCGCCUUGAACAACUAUACCUUCGACAAGAUCCCCAUCGAACGGCUCACUCCUCACGAUAUCAAGCAACAACCUGGAGCAGUCCCUGCACUCAUCAUUGUUGUACUCUCGCUGUUCUUUAUUGCGCUCUUGCAGGCUUGGUGCAUCCGGGUAGAAGGGCGCCUGCCUCAGUAUCUUGCGAUCUAUGGGAUUAUGGGCGCUACCAUCCUGGCUCUGGUGGCCGUCCCGAAGAUGAAUGUGCGCAUUCACCACUACAUCCUCGGACUCCUUCUCGUGCCUGGUACUGUGAUGCAGACGAGGCCUAGUCUCCUCUUCCAAGGAUUGCUCGUCGGACUGUUCAUCAACGGCAUCGCGCGCUGGGGCUUCGACAGCAUCCUGCAAACCCCGGAUGAGCUGCGAGGAGAUGCGCAACUUGGCACCCUAAUCCCCCUCAUGGUCUCACCGAUUAUCCACGGCAAUGUGGGGAUAAGCCUGGAGCCAAACAUCACCUUCGAGUGGGACCUCCCACUCCCGAAGCAUUACGACGGCAUGAGCAUCCUAGUCAACGACGUCGAGCACUUUAGAGGGUACGAAGACGCGGGUAAGGAAUCGUUCACCUGGGUGCGCCACAUGGAGGACGUACCAGAGUACUUCCGUUUCGCAUAUAUGGCUGGGAACACGCGGGGCGACUACUCGAAAGCGGGCACUUGGCGCGCAGACGGAGGAUGGACGGAGAUGGAAGCCGGCCCUUCGUAGAGGGUCAGGCUGUCCGGAAACUGGGGAGAUGAUUCGGAAAUGUAGGCGUUGAAGGCGCAACGGGGUUGGAUAAAUGCCACGAUGAUUUUGAUGAGGGGCGUCGGUGGAGGGAGUGGGCAUGCAGGGUCGGUGUCAGGAGGUGUUGUUCCUGUUUGAAAGGGCGCAUGGGUGGAUGGGUGGGCUUGGUUCACUUAGCACUACUGGUUCAGCGCUCAGGGAUCGUGAUUACGGCGUUGUCCCAAGCACCGGGAGUUGGGAAGGAGGGGGGCGGUUUAUCGAUACGGAAUACCCUCGCUCCUUGUCUUCGGAUAGACCCUGAGCUAUGAUAAAGGCGAUAGAUGCCGUCGCACUGCUCGCGGAUCGACGACCUGAGGUAAGAAAGGCAAAUAGAAAUUGUAUCCGAGCA